CCCUUGCGAGCGGUCGUCGAGAAGUUAUAUGAGUCCGCUUUCUAGUUCAUCUCGGCUACCGCAUCUCCCAACUUAUCACCUCACUCGCAGUCGGGCAUUUUGUUGGCAUGGAAAUUGCAGCCGCUCCUUCCCUGAAUCGCUGAGCAGAGAGGAGAGGAUUUUUUGGAGUACCUUCUCCGAGUCGUUGAGCUCUUGCGUCGCUCGUGCUUCUAGUCCCCGCUCCUCACUAUCACCCAGUCUGAUAUCCAUUCAAGACUUGUCAUUCAUUCAUGUCUCCCACCCACUUGCCAGAGUUCGUCGAUUGUGA